GCGCAAACCUCCCGGCAGUAGCUACCAACUAGCUAAAGUCGAAAGCCCCCUUUUCAUCGGCGCUGGACUGACAUUGGUUUCCAAUAUGACACGACGAUGUACAUACUGUGCCAAUCUUUCUCUGUCUCGCCUUAUCGGCCUCACGAAGAUGGACUACAAGGGACAUGUUUUCCCGAAUCAACCGACGACGGGGGAUUUAAUGGGUCUGGUUAUUUGGAUUUCGGCGCUGGCGAACCCAGAUGAUUCACCAAAAGAAAAGAAGCCAAUAGCUUUUUAUCCGCAUCACAAGCCUUAUCAGGAUCUCCUCAAGUCCGCAGAGAUGGGCUGUGAUUUCCGUGUGGUUAUAUUGACCUGUUUGAAGAAGCGUAUUCCAGUGGGGGAUGAGGAAAAACGGGAAGAUGAAUCGGAUGAGUUGGAGGAAGCUGAGAAUGUUUACUGGACAGAUUUCAGCCGUCGUCGGGAGACUGAUAGAUUUACAAAUACACAGUAUAUCAUAUUUCCACCCAUACAAAAUCUUGUUGAAUUUUACUAAACCUAAUAUCAAGAUAAGAUUUUCUA